GCCAACACCCCUCCUGCCCUUUGCAGCCUCUAGGUUGGACAGUGGGCUGUGGGUGAGUGCAGAGGCUGCCUGGAUGAGGUCCAUCCUGGCCGCUGGUCUGUACCUCUCCCCUUCUUGGCAGGCCCUCUCUAACCUCCAUCUUUGCCAAGCCCUUCCACCGCCCCAAGGUGCUGCCCACUCCCUCUGGCUGCCUUGUUUGGUCAUAGUCUGUUUCUUAUCCGUCUUUCUCUGAGUUUGUCUUUCCCAUCAGGUGGUGAUCCCCAGAAGGGAGGGCUAAAGAGGGACUGAAGAAUUUUAUUUCUGGUUUUAUAGUGGAGAAAGCAUGGUGCCUGGCCCUGUUUCUUAGGGAAUAUCUCUGGAGUAAAAAUAACAACAGCUAUAUUCCUUCAGUGAUUCCUGCUUGCCCAGCCCUGCUUUGAGUGAUUUACCUGGAUGGAUCCUUUAAGCCUCACAAUAACUGAGUUACUGUUAUUAUCUCCAUUUACAUGUACAAACUAGGCAGAGAGAAGUUAACUGACUUGUUCCAGUCACACAGGUGGGAAGUUGCAGCACUGUUUAGGUUACUUUUAGCCAUUGCACUAAACAGCCUUCAAUGGAAAAUGGAUCUAAGGACUAUAUUUUCCUGGUGGCCUAGGAGGCAAGUGAAGCUGAGCUGGCUGUUCCAGAAUGAACCAUAGCCCUGAGAAGGGGAAGUAGCUACCCAGCUGGUUCUCUGCUAUGGCCUGUGAACCUCAGAUGGGCCCUGGUGGGGCGGCUGGCCCCUUGCCCACCUCUCCUGGCUGGAGUGCCCUGCCUGUGGGGAGCCCUCCUGGCUGGGGGCAAGAGCUCCGCAACGGCCAGGUCCUCACGGUUCUCCGGAUUGACAACACUUGUGCACCCAUCGCCUUUGAUCUGGGAGCCGCAGAGGAGCAGCUGCAGACCUGGGGCAUUCAGGUCCCAGUUGACCAGUACAGGAGUUUGGCUGAGAGUGCCCUCUUGGAGCCCCAAGUGAGAAGAUACAUCAUCUAUAACUCCAGGCCCAUGCGGCUGGCCUUCGCUGUGGUUUUCUAUGUGGUGGUCUGGGCCAACAUCUACUCCACCAGCCAGAUGUUUGCCCUGGGGAACCACUGGGUGGGCGUGCUGCUCGUGACCCUGGCGGCGUUGAGCCUGACCCUGACUCUCAUGCUCAUCUUCGAGAGGCACCAGAGGAAGGCCAACACCAACACGGACCUAAGGCUGGCAGCUGCCAACAGAGCCCUGCUGCGCCACCGGGUGCUGCUGGGGGUGACGGACACGGUGGAAGGCUGCCAGAGCGUGAUUCAGCUCUGGUUUGUCUACUUUGACCUGGAGAAUUGUAUGCAGUUUUUGUCUGAACAUGUUCAAGAAAUGAAGGCCAGCCAAGAGUCCUUGCUGAGAAGCAGGUUGAGCCAGCUGUGUGUGGUCAUGGAGACUGGGGUGAGCCCCACCGGGAUGGUGGAGGAGGCUGAGAACCUGCUGGAGGACGCUCCUCUCCUGCCCAGCGGCCCUCAACCCACACAGAGGCCACUCGUGCAGACUGAGCUUUACCAGCUCGUUCCUGAGGCUGAGCCAGAGGAGAUGGCCCAGCAGCUGCUGGCAGUGUUUGGCGGCUACUAUAUCCGGCUCCUGGUGACCUCCCAGCUCCCCCAGGCAGCGGGGACACGACACAUAGACUCUCCAAGGGUUCCGUGCCCCUGCCAACUCAUAGAAGCCCACAUCCUGGGCACAGGGUGCUGCCCAUUCCUGGCCAGGUGACCUAGGGAUGAAGGUAUUCAUCUUCCUCCAAGACUGAAGUUGAGAAGUUAGGGAGGCCUCAGGAACCCAAGGUGGCUGAUGGCAAGCCCUAGGCGAGGAGAGAAGCAUCUGGGGCACUCUGAGGGUAUCAGUCACGUCAGUAGCUGGAUGUCGUGCUCACUCCAGGACCCUGCACAAAAAUGGCUGUUGACAUUCCAUGAUGACCCCAGGCCUUUUCAGAAGCUGCGAUGGUUGCCGAGCUGGUCCCAGCUACAAGCUACUCUCCAUGCUGCUUGGAACUGUGGGCCUGGAUGGAAGGAUCACUCUGCCAUCUGGUUCAUUGUCUGGCAGCCCAGCAAAUGUGAAGAUGACCAGACUGGGCCAGACGUGUCCAAAGUUUGACCUCAGAUGAUGUUCCCAUCUGAAACCCCUCGUGUCAGUUGGGGAAACGGAGGCUCUGGGAGGAUGAUGCUCCAUGUGGCAUUGCCUUGGGUCUCUACAAAGACAAGACCGCCUCUUCCCAAGCUGAAAAAAAGAAGUAAAGUCUCAGAAUGUUCUCCUUUGUAGUUUUCUUCUGUAUUUAAGGAGAAACUGAUACCUGUGCUUGUUGUCCGCUGGUACACAGGCUUCCAGGAGACAGGAAAGAAACAAAUAGCACAUAACUGUUAACAGGACUAUUUGGAGGAGACCCAUUUUGUCUGAUUUGGGGACUUAUUUUGUUCAAAGGCAUGUGUGCCUGUGGUUGUACUGCAGAUGUAGAGCAGUCCCAUUUCCUGACUCUGUCAGUGUCCUGGAGUGAAGCAUCAUCUGUCACUUGUGGAGUUCCAUAAAGAGCUCAGAGGCUUCCAGGUUCUCUGCUCCUGAAUAAGUUUGAAGACUCAUUAUUCCAUAGACCCAAAGCCAAGACCUCUAGUCUGGUAUUGAAAGACUCCCCAGUCCCAGGAUCUGGCCUUCAUCUGUAAUUUGGCCUCAUCUCCCACAAAAUAAAAAGGUUUAUAAAUUGAAACCUU